CGGCUCGGGACUGGGCUCGGCUGGGAGCGGGAGAGGGUCGGGGGCGCCGGGUCGAGGGCCGAUUCCCCGGCUCGAUCAUCCUCCUGCCGCCCGGACGCCUGGGCCGCGGAGUUUGUGUCCCGGCUCGGACCCCGGCGCCCAGCCCGGAGCCGUAACCUUGAGGCGGCGGCGGCGGGGCCGGGCCGGGCCGGGCCGGGGGGCGGCGGCGCUGGAUCCGCGGCUGCCCGAUCGUUGGCGGGAGAUGUCGAACCCCGGGACGCGCAGGAACGGCUCCAGCAUCAAGAUCCGUCUGACAGUAUUAUGUGCCAAGAACCUUGCAAAGAAAGACUUCUUCAGACUUCCCGACCCCUUUGCAAAGAUUGUGGUGGACGGAUCUGGGCAGUGCCACUCAACGGACACUGUGAAAAACACGUUGGACCCCAAAUGGAACCAGCACUAUGAUCUGUAUGUCGGCAAAACGGAUUCCAUAACCAUCAGCGUGUGGAACCACAAGAAAAUCCACAAGAAGCAGGGGGCUGGCUUUCUGGGCUGUGUGCGGCUGCUCUCCAACGCCAUCAGCCGGUUAAAAGAUACCGGAUACCAGCGUUUGGAUCUAUGCAAACUAAACCCCUCAGAUACUGAUGCAGUUCGUGGCCAAAUAGUGGUCAGUUUACAGACACGAGACAGGAUAGGCACUGGAGGCUCCGUGGUGGACUGCAGGGGACUGUUAGAGAACGAAGGAACCGUGUAUGAAGACUCGGGGCCCGGGAGGCCACUCAGCUGCUUCAUGGAGGAGCCGGCCCCUUACACAGACAGCACCGCUGCUGCUGCGGGGGGAGGGGACUGCAGGUUCGUGGAGUCCCCAAGUCAAGAUCAGAGACUCCAGGCGCAGCGACUCCGAAAUCCCGAGGUCCGGGGGUCUCUCCAGACGCCUCAGAACCGACCCCACGGCCACCAGUCACCAGAACUGCCCGAAGGCUAUGAACAAAGAACAACGGUGCAGGGCCAAGUUUACUUUUUGCACACACAGACUGGAGUCAGCACGUGGCACGACCCCAGGAUACCAAGUCCCUUGGGGACCAUUCCUGGGGGAGAUGAAGCUUUUCUAUACGAAUUCCUUCUACAAGGCCAUACAUCUGAGCCCAGAGACCUUAACAGUGUGAAUUGUGAUGAACUUGGACCACUGCCACCAGGUUGGGAAGUCCGAAGUACGGUUUCGGGGAGAAUAUAUUUUGUAGAUCAUAAUAACCGAACAACCCAGUUUACAGACCCAAGAUUACAUCACAUCAUGAAUCACCAGUGCCAGCUAAAGGAGCCCAGCCAGCCGCUGCCGUUGCCUAGCGAGGGCUCUGUGGAAGACGAGGAGCUUCCCGCCCAGAGAUACGAAAGAGAUUUAGUCCAGAAGCUGAAGGUCCUCAGACACGAACUUUCACUGCAGCAACCCCAGGCAGGUCACUGCCGCAUCGAAGUAUCCAGAGAAGAAAUAUUUGAGGAGUCUUACCGUCAGAUCAUGAAGAUGCGGCCAAAGGAUCUGAAGAAGCGGCUGAUGGUGAAAUUCCGGGGAGAGGAAGGUCUGGAUUAUGGCGGAGUGGCGAGGGAGUGGCUUUACUUACUGUGCCAUGAAAUGUUGAAUCCGUAUUACGGACUCUUCCAGUAUUCUACGGACAACAUUUACAUGUUGCAAAUCAACCCAGAUUCCUCAAUCAACCCUGACCAUCUAUCUUACUUCCAUUUUGUGGGCCGGAUCAUGGGUCUCGCUGUGUUCCACGGACACUACAUCAACGGGGGCUUCACGGUUCCCUUCUAUAAGCAGCUCCUGGGGAAGCCCAUCCAGCUCUCGGAUUUGGAGUCGGUGGAUCCAGAAUUACAUAAGAGCUUAGUGUGGAUUCUAGAGAACGAUAUCACCCCUGUGCUGGACCAUACCUUCUGCGUGGAGCACAAUGCCUUCGGGAGGAUUCUCCAGCAUGAACUGAAGCCCAACGGCCGAAACGUUCCUGUCACAGAGGAGAACAAGAAAGAAUAUGUCCGGUUGUACGUAAAUUGGAGAUUCAUGAGGGGGAUCGAAGCCCAGUUCUUAGCUCUUCAGAAAGGUUUUAAUGAACUCAUUCCUCAACACUUACUAAAGCCUUUUGACCAGAAGGAAUUGGAGCUGAUCAUCGGCGGCCUGGAUAAGAUCGACGUGAGCGACUGGAAGUCCAACACGCGGCUGAAGCACUGCGGGGCCGACAGCAACAUCGUCCGGUGGUUCUGGCAGGCGGUGGAGACCUUCGACGAGGAGAGGAGGGCCAGGCUCCUGCAGUUCGUGACGGGGUCCACCCGGGUCCCUCUCCAAGGCUUCAAGGCUUUGCAAGGCUCUACAGGCGCGGCAGGGCCCCGGCUCUUCACCAUCCACCUCAUCGACGCCAACACAGACAACCUCCCGAAGGCCCAUACCUGCUUUAAUCGGAUUGACAUUCCACCGUAUGAGUCCUAUGAGAAGCUCUAUGAGAAGCUGCUGACGGCCGUGGAGGAGACAUGCGGCUUUGCUGUGGAGUGAAGACCAGCCAAAGGCACCAGGUUCUAGCUCAUGACCACCAGACCCAAAGCAAGCUUUCUGUGUGCCUCCUGCAGGGCUGGCUGAGGCCCAGGAACCCUAGAUCACCGGAGGCAAAGAGUUGUCUCCCCUCCUUUUCACUGAGGGAGCGAGGGGGGUGGGGGGGACUUUGGCCGGUGGCUCCCACCCAUACUUUCCUCCUUUCUGACAGUACUCCCACCCCCUUCCAUCACCCAUCCAAUAAAUGCAGCCAGGGUUAGCACUGGGCUUCGGUCACACAGGCUAUUCCGCGAUGACUGGAACCCAUACGGUGAUGGGCUCACUGCCCUGUGGUCCCUAGAGGAAGACCGACCCACACGUUCUGCAGCCGAGCCUGGCUUACUGAGGGUUCGUACCUGGUGGCUCCACCAGCUAUUCUGUGUCAAAACGAUCCCAAGGCCCC